CACUGUAGUUUACAGAGCGACGUUGUUAAAGUUGAUGUGCGCGCGGCUGGACUACAGUACCCAGAGUGCACCGCGACCCGCAGACUAAAUUUCACAUGACGUUUGAAGGAUGAUCGUGUUUGUGCGGUACAACCUAGGGCCAGGUGUGGCCGUGGAGCUGCGGGAGGAGGCGAGUGUGGCCGAGCUGAAGAAGGUGGUGGGGAGUCAGCAGGGAGUCCAACCUGAGAACCUCAGGGUGCUGUUCGCUGGGAGGGAGCUGCCCCAUACCGCCACGCUGCAGGGGUGUGACCUCCCGGACCAGAGUACUGUCCAUGUUGUCCUCCCUUCAUCAGGCUCCUCCUCUCAGCCGCUCCUCCUGCAGGAGCGCUUGUCUUGGGGCAGGGAGGAGAAGCAGGACCGUCUGACCAGGUUGGAUCUCAGCUCUUUCCGCCUCCCCUCCACCUUGACUGGCCUGGCCGUGGUCCUGGAAGGCAGCCAUGUAGGAAGAGAUGAUGGAGGAGCACAAAGAGAGGAGGUGCAGGCCGCAGGUAUGGCGGGGGUGCGUACCUGCAGUACUUUCUUUGUGUACUGUAAGAGCUGCAGGUCGGUGCAACCAGGGAAACUGCGAGUUCGCUGCAGAAGCUGCAAACAGAUGACACUGACACUGAGCAGGGGUCCAUCCUGUUGGGACGACGUCCUCCUCCCAGGUCGUAUCCAUGGUGUGUGUCAGUCAGACAGUUGUCAUGGAAACGAAGCGCAGUUCUUCAUGAAGUGUGCGUCCCAUCCGACGACAGACAAUGACCCCUCUGUGGCCCUCGACCUCAUCAUGAGCAACACCAGAGAUGUGCCGUGCAUCGCCUGCACCGAUGUCAUGGAUGUGGUGCUGGUCUUCCAGUGUCCCAAGCGUCAUGUGAUCUGUCUGGACUGUUUCCGUCGAUACUGUGAGACACGACUGAACGAGCGACAGUUUGUGCAUCAUCCUGAGAUCGGAUACUCACUGCCCUGUGCAGCCGGCUGCAUCGACUCUCUGAUCAAAGAGCUGCAUCACUUCAGGGUUUUAGGAGACGAGCAGUAUGGGCGGUACCUACAGUACGGGGCCGAGGAAUGCCUGCUGACUAUCGGAGGACUAAUGUGUCCAUCACCUGGCUGUGGGGCGGGGCUUCUCCCACCUGAUGGCAGCAGGAGGGUGCAGUGUGACAAACAGGUGGGCUGUGGUUUCGUCUUCUGCAGAGACUGCAGGGAGGGCUACCACGAGGGGGCAUGUCAACCACAGCAACCCCUGCCCUCAGGUGAGGCUUCACAGGGUUUUGUGGUGGGGGAGAAAGCAUCUCUCAGAGGGAGGUGGGAUCAAGCUUCCCUGCUCCUCAUCCAGAAGUCGACUAAACGCUGCCCUCAGUGUUCAGUUCCUGUGGAGAGAAAUGGCGGCUGCAUGCACAUGCAGUGUCCUCUGUGCAGAGCUGAGUGGUGCUGGCUCUGCGGCGUCCCCUGGAACAGGGAGUGUAUGGGAACACACUGGUUCGGGUGAAAAAGCACAGUCACACGUGUUGUUGCUCACAGUAGCUGAUCAAGGGAUCGAGCGCCUCAUCCUGGAGACUGUGGAGCUGUUGCUCUGACAUUUGGUUUUGUAGUUUAAUCAAACUUCAGUGUUUGUCUUUGAGGCUUUUACAAAUCUGUUCCUGACUUUCCAGACUUUACAAGUCACACGCUGUGACCCCACCUAUCGCUGAGUCACCGUACACCUGUAACCAGACAAAAAUUCAGGGGUUAAUUCACACUAUGAUCCAGUGAUAGUGGUCCAACAUGUGCUCCUCCUUCCUGAUGGGGUUCUGAUUUAACCACAUGAAAUAAACUGACUUCAGAUCAGUUUCUUUGUCACAUGUUCACUUUGCUCCAGGUUAAACAUCAGUGACAGAAACAUCACCGCAGCCCUUUGUGACAGAAAUAUAACAGCAGACGUUUCAUCAGAGACCGACCAGUAAAAUGUCUUAUGAAGGAAAUAUAUUUUUAUUUAAAAAAUGAUUAUUAGUCUUUUUUUGGUUCAAAGUUUCUAAUUCUGAUCAGAAAUCACUGAUGAAAGCCAACAUGUUUCUGUUCAGCAGCUCUGACAUGUCUGAUGUGUUCAGGCCAACUGUGUUAUUAAAUUCAGAGGUUUGGUUUCAUCAAGAACCUGGAAACGAUUCCUCCCUAACACAUUCACAGAAUAAUGUUUAACCAUGGUUCUGAACCCAUGUUAGUCUGGUGGUUUACAACAUCUGUAUCAGUUGGAGUUUGUCCAGAUGUUUGUGUGUGAUCUCCUUUGGUACCUGAUAUCUAUGUGAUGAUGAAGGCUCAUCAUCAUCUGCAGAGAAAUGUGUAGCAACAAUAGUAACAUCCCCAGAGUGCUCUAAUUAUUUCAUUAGUAAAAUACUAGCUGGAUAUACAGUGCACUGAGGUAGUACAUGGGGUUUAAGUAGAACUCGUACAUUUACUGUGUUUGAUCAGUACACACUGCAGUAAACGUGUUGCCAUGUAAAAAUAGUGUUACUUUUAUUUUAGAAAUGUGCUUUUCAGCAUCAAAUGAAAUAAAUUCUACAGAGUUAUAAGGUCAGCUGAGAAAAUCAUUGGCUGUCCCCUGCCCUCUCUGGAGGACAUGGCUAGCACUCGUCUCAACGAGGCCAGAAACACUGCAAAGGAUAAUACACAUCCUGCAUAUGAUUUAUUUGCUCUUCUGCCCUCUGGAAGGCGCUAUAGGAGUCUAAAAAGCAGAACAAAUGGACUUAAAAACAGUUUCUUUCCCUGGGCUAUCAGAUCUUUGAAUGCAAACAUAUGAUAUGAUUUUGCUCUGAACACAUAUUCAUAUUAUAACCUGUGUUAUUUAUUUUUUAUGUCUGUUAUUCAUUUAGUUUGUUAUUAUCUAUUCAUUAAACCGUUAUCAUUUGU